GAGGGAUUCGGACACAAACAAAUGUCCACGGGUUUGAUGUCGGGCUACGUAACCGAUAACCGUGACAUGACAGCUGGAUUUCAUAUAUAACUCCAUGACAUUUGAAAGAUGUGGCUCAAACCUGAAGAGAUUCUGCUGAAAAACGCGUUUAAACUCUGGGUCACCGAGAAGGAUAACGAGUAUUUCGUACUGCAACGGAGACGAGGGUACGGAGAAGGUGGUGGCGGGUUGACAGGCCUCCUUGUGGGAACUCUGGAUACUGUAUUGGACUCCACAACCAAAGUUGCUCCCUACCGUAUUCUUCACCACACACCAGACUCACAAGUGUACUGGUCAAUAGCAUGUGGUGUCACCAAAGAGGAGAUUGUUCAGCACUGGGAUUGGCUGCAGCAGAACAUCAUGAGGACGCUCUCCGUUUUUGACUCCAGUGAAGACAUCACCAGCUUUGUACAGGGCAAGAUUAGAGGUCUUAUUGCUGAGGAAGGAAAGAUGUCCCUGGUGUUGGAGGACGAUCCUGAGAAGUUCCGAGAAGCACUUUUGAGGUUUGAGAAGUGGUUUGAGCUGCCACCAGAGGAAAAGCUGGUCACAUAUUACUCAUGCAGCUACUGGAAAGGCAAAGUGCCCUGCCAGGGCUGGCUCUACCUCAGCACUAACUUCCUGUGCUUCUAUUCAUACCUGCUGGGAGCUGAGGUGAAACUGGUCAUCUCCUGGGAUGAGAUCUGGAGGCUGGAGAAAACCUCUCACGUUAUUCUGACUGAGAGCAUCCAUGUCUUGGCUCAUGGCGAGGAUCACUACUUCUCCAUGCUGCUGCACCUUAAUGAAACCUUCGUUAUCAUGGAACAACUGGCUGACUACUCGAUCAAGCGCCUUUUUGACAAAGAGGCCUUCCAGAGAGAGCCAGCCCUCUCUGACCCCCUGCAAAUUACCAAGAGAGGCCUAGAAGCUCACGCAAAAAGUGUGCAGUUCCGGACGUUUUUCAGGCUUCCCAAAGAGGAAAACCUGUUAGAGGUGCACGAAAGCUUCCUGUGGGUGCCCUUCAGUCAUUUUAACACACUUGGCAAGAUCUGUCUGUCUGAGAACUACCUGUGUUUUGCCAGUCAGGACGGAAGCCAAUGCCAUGUCAUCAUUCCGAUGCGAGAGGUUGUUAAUGUUGAGAAGCCAGACACUGGCAGCAGGGCUUUGACGGUGUGCGUGCGAGGCAAGAGGGCGCUGCGUUUCUCUGAGGUGCGGGACUACCAGCGGCUUGCCAACACAAUCCGUAGCAGGUGUGGCAUUAGUCCCAGCCCUCAGCACUCCGCUUCAUCAGAGGCCAUACGAGGUGAAUGCCAGUCACUCAUCAACCACUUUGAAGACAAUCCAGAGGAUGUAACUCUGAUGGUGGGACAGAAAGACAGCAGCAAGGCUGUAAGCACAGAGGCUCUCAUGACUGUUUUCCACCCCCAGGACGUUGAAAACCUUGACCCCAAAAUGCUGAAAGAGAAGAUGAAAGAACAGUCUUGGAAUAUCCAUUUCUCUGAAUAUGGACGUGGCACGAGUAUGUUCUUCACUAGGAAGACACGAGACUUAAUUGUUCGUGGUGUUCCUGAGGCCUUGAGGGGAGAGCUGUGGAUGCUUUUUUCAGGAGCUGUGAAUGACAUGGCCACUCACACCGGCUAUUACACUGAGCUGGUUGAACAGUCUCUGGGCACAAGCACUCUGGCUACAGAUGAAAUCGAAAGAGACUUGCACCGCUCUCUGCCAGAGCACCCUGCAUUUCAGAGUGACACAGGAAUAUCAGCUCUGCGCAGGGUCCUUACUGCCUAUGCCUACAGGAACCCUAAAAUUGGAUACUGCCAGGCCAUGAACAUUCUCACCUCAGUUCUCCUGCUCUACGCAAAAGAAGAAGAGGCUUUCUGGCUCUUAGUAGCCGUUUGUGAGAGGAUGCUGCCGGAUUACUUUAACCGUCGAAUUAUUGGUGCUUUGGUCGACCAGGCGGUGUUCGAGGAUCUGAUUCGAGAAAACCUCCCCCAGUUGGUGGAGCACAUGACAGACCUGAGUUUCUUCUCAUCUGUGUCCUUGUCCUGGUUUCUCACUCUCUUCAUCAGUGUCCUGCCCAUAGAGAGCGCUGUGAACGUGGUGGACUGUUUUUUCUAUGACGGCAUAAAAGCAAUUCUGCAGCUCGGUCUGGCUGUGCUGGACUACAACAUGGAGGCUCUGAUCAGCUGCCACGAUGAUGCCGAGGCCGUCACCAUCCUCAACAAAUUCUUUGACAGUGUGACAAACAAAGACAGUCCAUUGCCUCCAACAGUGCAGCAAGCUCCAGUGGGCAAUAAUGAUAAAGCAUCCCACUUGAAUGUAGACAUCAGUGAUCUGAUCCGAGAAGCCUACGAGAAAUAUGGAAACAUCCGUUCUGAGGAAGUCGAGAGCUCAAGGAAGAGGAACAAACUGUAUGUGAUCCAGACACUGGAGGAUACAACCAAACAAAAUGUUAUUCGGGUGGUGUCCCAAGAAGUCAGAUUCAAUGCAUCACACCUUGAUGAGCUUUAUAAUUUGUUCAAAAGGCAACAUUUCCUCAGCUGCUACUGGAAAAUACAGAGUCCAGCUCUUCUCCAUCAUGACCCCAGCCUGGCCUAUUUGGAGCAGUACCAGUUGGGUUUCCAACAAUUCAGUGUGCUCUUUGCCCUAAUGGAGCCCUGGGCUUUCUGCACCACCAAGAGCACCCUCUCCCUCUGGGUCUUUCGCCUGAUAGAUGAGAACCAGGAUGGCCUCAUCAACUUUAAAGAGUUCUGCUGUGCCCUCGAUACUUUGUACAGUGGAUCUUUCACAAAUAAGCUGAAAUUCCUCUUCAAGCUGCACCUGCCACCAGCUUUUACAGGUAGUCCUUUGCACUUAAAGGAACAAAGAAUCCAGCACUUUAUUCCAGUGACUGAAGACUCUUCUCACUUGAGUAGACUUACUGCGUUUGAUCUCCCAGAAGAUGGUGUGAUAAGGAAAAGCCCUGAGAGAGGUAGAGGAAAGGUGGACCUGCAGGCUUACCUGAAACAAUGGCAAAAUGAAAUACUUAAGAAAGAGGAAACCAUCAAGGACCUACCUCGUAUUAAUCAGACUCAGUUCAUCCAGUUCUCCAAGACGCUGUACAACAUUUUUCAUGGCGAUCCAGAGGAGGAAGCUCUGUAUCGAGCUGUGGCCCAUGUGACCAGCCUACUCCUGAGGAUGGAGGAGGUGGGACGGAGGCUGCAGGAGCCGAGCAGCCCACCCGAGUCCACAAAGCUCGCGAGCACCUCUGCUGCGGAGGAGUCUUCAAUCGAAGAAGCCUCUAGCACGCCAGAGAGCUCCGACACCUCCAGCUCCCACAAUAGUCACGAUGCAGGGCCGGACCUCUCAGAGGUGGAGUGGUCAUUUUCGUUCGAGCAGGUCUUGGCUUCUCUGCUCAACGAGCCAGCCAUAGUCAGCUUUUUUGAAAGGCCUGUUGACAUUCAGACCAAACUGGGACAAACUAAGGUUGCCCAGCUGAAGCUAAAGGCAAAUAAGUGAAAGGAUACAUACGAUUAUUGAUGCUUCACUUCUGAUCCACACCUAGAGGUCACCAUGAAUUUUAAUUUCUCUUGGAUAGUGCAAUGGGUUUUGGUGAGGCAGGAAGUAAGAUUGCUGGUGAAGAGGUAUCAUAAAUGAAGAGGAGACAUCAGAUUUAAGUACAUCAGGUUUGUGCAAGUGCGUGCGCACACACACGCGUGUGGCUUGGAUGAGGUGCAACAUCUUUAAGACAUUUUAAACACAUGUAAGAAUCCACUGACCAACACCUUCAGUGCAUUUUUAUGAUGCCUGUUGUUCCUCAAACUAAUUAUGCAUUUUCAGUCUCACUGAUGAAAUUCAUUCUCUCAUGUUGCCUCAGAUUCUUCAGAUUUUAACUGUGGUUUAAAAUAUUUUCCCCUAUAUACCAUGGAGCACAGACACUAUAGUUUUGUAUUGUAUAAGGGACAUUCAGUCCUGUCCUUUAUAUCCAGAAACAUGACGAAAAUGUUCUCCCCGCUGUCUUUGAUGUCAUGCUGAAGUCCACGUCUAUAACAAUUGACUAAGACAAGGUGACUUUAGAGUCCUUCUGGAUGUCUUGAUAUCUUUUAUCUUUCAGAUGACUAGUCACUGCUGUAAAGUGAAACAUCCUGUAAAUGCUAAAGUGUUCUGUGACUUCAGUGUCUCCUGGUGAGUGUAUUCUGUAAAUGUCAGCUUAUUGUGAGAAACACCAGCUUUUCAGUUGAUACAGGCACAGAAUAAACGGCAGUAAAGUGAGCAAGUACAUGCUGUUGUGUUGUUCCCGGAGGCCGUAGACCAAUUUCAGAGAUCUGAGUGAAGAUGUCAAAGUGUGUGUAGAAGUGUAGAAGAUUCAAUUAUGGUAUAAUGCAUUUGCACUAACAUGCGAGAAUGCUGUACUACCAAUUCACAUUCAUCUGUCUGCUCCCUCCAACAGCAGCACACACAGUAACAGUAUUAUAGCAUGAUUUCAAGUAUAUCAUACUUGAAACUAUAAACUGUAGAGGUAAACCAGUUUGACUCCACAGUGCUGCUGCAGUGAGACCACCUGUGUCCUCUGAAAUUAUCUAGGAAAUGUGUGUGAUCUUCACAGUGCGAGUAAUAGAUGUACUGUUUGCUUAUGUCAGUCUUACUGUAAAUGUAGGAUGUUAUGCUUUAGUACAGGUGCACCAUUUUUCAAUAGUCAUUUCAUUAAUGUAUUAAUGAGGCUUGUAUUGAAAUUGUAAUAUAUGAGCUAGUGGACUGUUGUGGACACAACGUCAACCUUUUGAAGGACAUCUUGUUUUAUCAAAUCUCAGGGUGCAAUUUGUGUAAAAGAAAAGGGAUAUUUUUUGAUUUAGGACAUAUGAAGUAAAUAACUGAGUAAUACAUGGCCUUCGUCUUACCUGUAACAAAUAUAUAGAGCAUGUGUAGGAUAAUUACAGGAUCUGCCACAUUAUGCUAGCCUUCAACAAAGAGCAACUAUUACUUAUUGCUACAGAAAGCCAGAUUUGACUUUCAGUAUUUCAGUUGUUUUCUUCUUCUCUGCUUCUUUUUCUUUUUGUUUCUGUCUCUGAAUAAUUUGCACAGCUGUUUGAGAUUCACAAGCUUUACAUAUAUGCCUGUAUCUUGGCCAGACUUCAGAGGUGUUGGAUUCCAAAAGGUCAUGACUGCUCAAGCUGCAGUAUGUUAUCUCCAGGGGUGCAAUUCUCUGUUAGCUAUAUUUUUUAUUAUUUUGCCAUUUGCUAGGAACAUUUUGUUGUUAUUUUCUUAAUGAAAUACGUAUUUUUUCACUUAAGACUUGAGGACCAAUUUGAAAUGUAUUUCAUUGUGCAAUUGUUGGGUUAAUUGACAUAGUAGAUCGUUAAAGUGAGUUGUACAUACUCUUUUCAGUUGUCAUCGGAACUGAAAAUUAAAAAAAAAAAAAAAUACUGUUAUUUACAUGAGUAAUGUAAAAAAAAAAAAAUUAAACAAAAAAUCAAAAUAUGCCUCGUUCAUCUUUAAUAUGUUGUCACUACUUAAAUCCAAAGCUCAAUCAGUGACUUUGGUUCAGUACCUAAAGCCAUAAUGAAAAAGAACAAAGGCAGCAAAUGAGGAGAGCUCAGCAGUAACUGAUCAUAUUGUAGCCUUUCACAACAGCAGCUUUAUUUCCAUUAUUUACAACACUCAUCUCUGGUCUGAAUAUUUCAGUAUGACUGUUCACCUACAGUUUCUUGCUGCAUUUGCAGCAUCUCCAAACUUAAAAAAAAUAAUUUUCAGUUACAGCCUCUUAUCAAAGAUUGUGUUGUAAUAUUUCUGCUACAUUUAUUGCAUGUUUAGUCUACUUCUGAUGUGUUGAUAAUAUUUUAAGAUACAAUUAGAGAUCACAUAAAAAAGUUUUGGGCUUAGCUAAUGCUCCAGCUGCUGCAUUAGUAUAUGGUUAACUAAGCCCUUUUAUCCUUACAUGUGCACCUGUAGUCUACAGCUUUUUGUAGACUGUAGCUUUUGAUUGAAAGCUUGUUUUGCAAAGUACAUGAAGCACAGAUAUUUCUGUUUACCUGCUUGAUUUUGAUUUUAUUUUUAUUUCCAUAAAAAUGUACCAGAAUAAAGAGUGAUGAUUCUAUGAAUAAUAAA